GUGAAUUUGCCACACAGACUUGUUUCCAGGGACGUUUUGGUGAAGAAAUUGGGAGUGACCAGUUUGGGGGCUGCAUCAUGUUCCACAAUCCACAACCCAGCAAGGAUCUUGUAGUGGGGAGAAUUGAAUACGUUGAGAUAUAUCAUGCGGGACAAGCCUUCCGUUUGGGACGCUACCCAAUCCACUGGCACCUUAUGGGAGACCUGAGAUAUAAGUCAUAUGUGCGAGGUUGUGCGAUACACCAGACAUUUAACAGGGCUGUUACUAUCCAUGGUACACACCACCUCCUGGUGGAGGGCAACGUGGCCUACAACAUCAUGGGAGGAGCGUUCUUCAUUGAGGAUGGCAUUGAACAAGGCAAUGUGCUGCAGUACAACCUGGCAGUCAUGGUGCGGCAAAGCACCAGCCUACUGAAUGAUGACCUCACCCCUGCAGCAUUCUGGGUGACCAAUCCCUCGAACACGAUCAGACAUAACGCUGCUGCAGGGGGUACACACUUUGGCUUCUGGUACCGUCUCCUGGAGCACCCUGAUGGACCUUCCUACACACCUGAUGUCUGCCCACGCAACCUACCCCUCGGUCAGUUCUUAAACAACACUGUGCAUUCCCAGGGCUGGUACGGACUGUGGAUUUUUGAAGCUUAUCACCCACAGAAAGGGGGUCAGUGCAACUCACCGAUCCCAGAACCAGCCAGAUUUGAUUCACUGAUCUCAUGGAACUGUCAGAGAGGGGCAGAGUGGGUGGGAGGUGGUGCUCUCCAAUUCCAUAACUUUGUGAUGGUCAACAAUGAGAAGGCUGGCAUAGAUAUCAAAAACAUCAAGCACUCCUAUGUAAGUGAAUGGGGAGAGGCCAUGGGAGCAAUGAUCAAGAAUGCAACAAUUGUAGGUCAUGCUGAGGAACUUAAUUUUAAAGCCAUCAAUUGCACCAGCAAAGGCAUUGCUCUGCCACUUUCUGAAGGGUUGAUGGUGUCCACAAUAAAGUUGGUAAACUUUGACCAGCCAAACUGCACAGCAAUAGCCCUGACAGAGUUGAUAAACUUUGAACCCAUACAACAUCGUGGUUGGAACGUGAGAUUCAGUGGCGUUCAGUAUUUUAACACAACCACCAAGGGCGCCUUCUCCUCUGAGAACGAUAUUGUCCUACAUGAUCUGGAUGGAUCUCUCACAGGUUACCCUGGUAACAAGGUGCUUCCGAACAGCUCACUUUUGGAUCCGGCUCGAUGUCACCCAUCGGCAGAGUGGAGCCAUAUGUACCCCGGUGUUGUGUGUGAUGCCACUGUUACCAUCCAUCGCUUGGCUUUGUUUCAGCCUUCACCACUUGCAUUGAAAGGGAAGGAACUCAUCCUAUCAAAUUCUCACGGUGUGUACUUGUUCUGCUCUUGGUCUCUCCAG